AUGAAUAAUUAUAAUUCAUCUAUUCAGCACAUAAUAGGCAAAAAAUAUUCAUUAGUCAGUGGAAUAAUAACUGACCAAGAAAUUGAUUCACUAAAAAAAUCAAUAAACAAUUUGAGUUUAAAGCAACAAUCAAAGAUAAUAGAUAAAUUUAAAUAUAUACAAAAACUUAAUUCAGAUGAUGAUAAUAAUAAUCUGGAUGAAAAAAAAUCAAUGUUGUCUCUUCAAAUAUCACAACCAACAUCUGAUAUACUUGACCUUUCUUCAAAAUCUCCACAAGCAUCACAAAUAUCAUUUUUUCAAAAUGCAAAAUAA